AUGAAGACUGACAGGAAAUCUUCAUAUUGCCGCGAAGAGUCCGAAGAAUACGGGGCGUCUCUUGAUCUACUGGCACAAACCCCUGAGAACAUAGAUGAACACCAGCAACAUGAUACGAUUGAAUCCAAUGAAAGCCAUCCACAUGAAUCGACGGAGUUACAGCGCUCACCUUGGAUUCUGGUUCUUGCUGGCUUCUACAGCAUUCUGGCCACUUCCUCGUGGAUAAUCCUUUGUAUCUUGUCCUUUCGGCCUGUGACGACCAACUCUUAUAAGGCCACGCCCAAUGGCACCAACGCCCGCUAUUACCAUCCGUUAGCAUCUAGUUAUUCUGCAAAUGAGCAAUGGUAUCGUGCCGCCCGAGUCAUCCAGUCCAUCGCGGGGGUUUUAACCAUUCCCUUGACUUCUGCUGUGUGCUCCAAUGCAGCUGUUGUGUUUGUACAACGUCACGGGAAAGCAAACAAAAUGACCAUGCGACAGCUGCUUGCUCUUUCUGACAAAAGAUGGACCGACAUCGAGCUGUGCUGGAAGACUGCCAAGAAUCCUGUGCGUUGUUGGAAACUGUACUUUACCUACUUUCUUCUGAUGGCCUUCGCUCUGCAUGUUCUCGGUGGUCUUAUUUCUCCACUCCAAACGUUACUUCUAUCUACCAAGUCGAUCAAAGUUCCAGGCAGCUCCCAAAUUACUGGCAUCUCUGAACUCAUGCCAAAAGGGGCGGAGUCAUACCCUAUUGGGUUGGUACUUAGUUCUAUAGCCACUGUUGCGAUUCGAUCUCUCCCUGGUGAUGAGGCUUACAGUCAAUAUCUCUGGCAGUCCUCUGGUACUCAUUGCACAAGCUUGAACGACACAUCACCAACAUAUUGUGGGUCUAAUAUGACAUUCAAAACACUGCCCAAAUUACAGGAUCCGUUCAUUGCCCAACUACCCAACGGAUUUAACACUGGCGUCCUUCGUCAGUAUGCUCCUCGUCUCAACUCUAGUGCACAGGUAGAGUCUUUGUCACUGUCAGAGCUACCAGCGGUUUGUAAUACAGACCGAAGCUUCCAUGUUUCCUAUCAAGGAACUGAUUGGGCUGUCCAAGCAUGUUAUCCACUUAAAACAUACCCGAACUCCACUGAUGGACUGUAUCCUCUCGGCCAGGAACGCUCGCUGCGUUAUGACGAAAGCCCGUGGAGACAGACCCGGGACCGACAGGACGUUUCUGAAGAGUUGUUUCUCGGUUUGAAACUCAAAAAUCAGUCCAGGACUGUGGGACCAGAAAGUACUCGGUUUUUUGAACAAGCUUGGAAAAUCACAGCGUCCACCACUUCUGGCUGGUUUGAACUUCCAAAUUACAUGAAUUCUGGCAAACCAGGGGCUCUCGAAGACAAAGAUCCAACGAAGCUACUUGGGCGAGAUACGGUGGAUCAGAGAACAGGAGCCAGUGGUGGGGGCGCUAAGUACGAGGACGACAUUAUUGAGCACAGUCUCGAAUCUCGAAGCCUGCAGGUGGGGGAUCCUGGCUAUGGAAAUAGUGAAAUUGACAGCAUCUUAGCCCCAGGCCCACUGUUGAUUCUGGCAUACUCUCUAUUUGGCGCCAAAGACUCCUUUAUGGCAACCUGCACCACGGCGCUCAAUGGUGCCACUUUCCGUAACUACACAGGCUCAACCAAUGUUCGCUACUGCGCGCGUAAUAAUCAGCCUCUGUUCUCAUGGUUCUAUGAUGACGAAUAUCCCUAUGGCACAAUCUUUGGUGAUUGGGCCAGCAGGCAUGAUUUCAGCAACGAUUUGGAUUUUCUCGAAUUCUUCGAGUGGUUGGUACUUCUUGGAAGUCCAAGAGACAGCCACAGUAUAGUGAAGCUUGAAAAAGCUUUCAAUGUCGGCCUUUACUUUGCCCUUGACGCUUGGCAAAACUGUCUCCGCUGGUCCGCCGGGCCGAAUUAUACUGUCCCCAUAACUUCAGACAACGGCGUCCAUUCAUCAAUUCCCGAAAUAUCUGUGGCAUCCAUCUCAGUCAUAUCAACUCUGCUUUUUGUAUUCCUAUUUCUCCUGCUCUGGCUGGCUAGCUACGCUGCUUUCUCUCCCCGCUGGGCCAGUUCGCUGAAUGGAUUCACAAUGAUGAGGAUUGGCUCUGCUAUUGCAGACAGAGUACCUUUGUUGGUCACAUAUGAAGAAGACCAAGUUUCUGCGCUGGACGAAGUACCGGGGUGGAUUGGAUCAACUGCGAAUAAAGAAUUCAUAACCGACUGCGAUAAAGAGACUUGCGGUUGGGUUGCAGAGCUUGAGAUUGGUGCGGCCGAUCAGCUGAGGGCGAGACAGAGAUACAAGUGCUACCCUUUGAAAGACCAUUAG